GGAUAGUUCUUCGAUACAACUACCCUUUGGAGGAACAUGCAAGCCAGGUAUAUACACGGACGAUGUACGAAAUGUUCGGCCAGGCUUUGUAUCGGUCUGGCCGGUAUGAUGUUGAAGAAGUUGAGUGAGGCAUCACCUACAAAGUUCGGUACGUCGAAGCUGAGAAGCGAGACAAGUGGUGCCGCGAAAUGCAUGUUGUCCGUGUCCAUGAUGGCGGCGCUAGGUAUUCGUGCGAAUGUGGGCUCUUCGAGCAUAUGGGGAUGCUUUGUUGCCAUGCUAUCAAGCAUGUCCUAAUUCAACUGGGGGUGCGAAAAAUACCCAGUUUCCAUGUCCUCAAGAGGUGGACAGUAGAUGCCCGCGACAAUUUGCCACUCCACCUCCUGUAUUACCAAAAGGAUCAAGGGCCUCCACGGUUAUCCUCCUACAGGCAUACAACACUACACCUGACCGCUCUCGAGUUUGUGCAGCUGGGGGAUAGCAACGUGGAAGCAUUCGACAAAGCAAUGGGCAUAUUGAUCGCAGGCAAGGCGGAACUGACUGUUUUGGCAGCGAUCAAGGACGGCAAAAGUUUGGUGGACCAAACUCAAAUUGGGGAUUCAGCCAAUCCCACUCAGGAUAUGGGAGCAGGUUCCUCACACCCAGACGACAUGUGUUCUCAGAUGUUCAUCUCAACCGAGUGUGGACUUAAUACUGCUUCAGGGGAAGCUGGCUCAAGCCUCUCACUAUCAACGUUGCUGCCGCCCGAUAGGAAGAAGCAGAAGGGUAGGCCAACCACAGCUAGGAACAAGCCUGGAUACGAGGUCAAGGACGCGCGGUCGAGGUUUUGUACGGUCUGUAGGCAGAAAGGGCACAAAAGCACGACGUGCCCCCGCAGGGGCGAUCUUUUGAAGAAACCUCGCAAAAUACCUACCUGCGGCAAUUGCGGUGUAGCUGGGCACAAGAAAACAAGUUGUUUCAAUCCAGUAUUGCCAUUCGUGAAAAGGCCUCGCGACGGGCCAGUUGAGUGAUGUUCAGAUCAACAUCUGGUGCAGGUCGUUGAAACUUAAACCCGAUCGGCCAAACUGAUGUUGUGAUCUGUUGCAUUUACCCAUAAUAUGAGUAGGUUGAUUUCCCGCGGUUAGGCAUAAAUUGUGAUUGUGAUUUGUUUUUCCAAUGAGUGUUGUGUGGCGCUGUAAGGACUGUAAUUGGAUUUUCAUGCUGAUAGACCUAGUUUGGCCGUGUGAUGUUGAUUUUCCAAUAAGUUAUGU